CGUCGAAAUCCGACUUCUUAUGUUGGUUGUACGUAUGUAAAAUAAGCGGCACAGCAUUAUCCCCAUGCCAGGGAAAAUUGUAGGCCGAAUCAGUCCUAUCCUCACUUGCUGCUAACACGGUUGCUCAGUAUGCUGCAAUUAGUAUCAUCUAAAGAUAACUAUGCUGUUUCUCUCGUGAGAUUUCUACUCAACAUUGGUAUCGUUCGAAAACACUCAACAACAUGCAGCAUGUUGCUAGCUAGUUCAGCAAGUUAUUUGCUGGGGACGCCUGAAAGUUAUCAACAAGUUUUUGGAAUGUAAUUCAGCAACAGGCGACGAUUUACGGCAGUGUAAACAUUAAACAUACAAG